AUGUUGUCUGGUUGUGUUCGCAAACGAAAGGCCGCAAUUUUCCAACACGGCAACGGUAUGCGUCCCGGUCAAUGGAUGGACAAGGAUGAAGCCCCCAGGCGCUUCCCGAAGCUGAACAUGCAGUCGAAGAAGACCAUGCGAGACCAUCACCGCAGAGAAACGCUGCAAAGAGCUGGACGAAAUGCGCCGGAAACUCCAACUUAUUCGCUCGGCGUUAGUGAACAGAAAAGACAUGAUCCUCCUACACCACAAUGCCUUGCCACACAUUUUAAAGGAAGCUACUGA